ACUUCAUCGUAGAACACAGCUCUCCUCUUUAGCUCCAUGAUUCGAACCCUGCAGCACCUGGGUGAUCUGAGGAGGGUCACCUUCGGACACAUGCCCCCCAGACAUGGUCUGAGGCUGCUCUACUGGUUCUCCAUCAACUGUGUAAAGUUCUGCUGGGAUGGAAGCAUGCAGCUGCAGUGUGUCCCCGAUGCGGGAGAGUUUGGGUUCCAUCACUACGGCAAUUACGAGAAUCUGUUUCCCAGCUUGAGGCAUCAAGGCUACACAUACUUUGUAGUGGGCAACCUGAACUGUCAGACCCAUCAAGGAUCUCAGGACUUGCCUAAGUACGUGAGGGAAGCCUACAAUGAUUUCAUAGACAGUUUGGAUAGAAACAGGGACCGUAUCAUCAUAAGUCUACAUCGAAUCACAAAGCUGAUAAAGGAUAUCUACAUUACAGAGCACCUGCCUGGUUCUGGAGAUUUCAACCCAUAUGGAACUUACCUCCUAAGCCCUGAGCUCAUCGAGGACAUACAGGAAAUGUCAUUGACAAAAUUCCUCAUCAGUACUGGGUGUACCUAUAACUUCACCAAUGAGUCCUUCAAUGAAUCCAUCAAUGAAUCAAUUAAUAAGUCCAUCAAUGAGUCUAUCAGUGGGACUACUGAAGAGUCCAUUGAUGAGAGCAUAGACAAGUCUGAUAAUGACAGCAGUGACUCUGAAGGACUCGAGUGGCUUGACACACCUAAACCAAAACUGGAGCAUCAGGAAGAAUACCACAAGUCAGGCACCAGCCAAACCCAUCGUACUGAGCAAGUGCUCAGUCAUCUUCCCUUUUCCCACGCUUGUAGGACUGAUCCAAAUUCGAUGCAGCAUCACCUCCCAGUAAAUUCUGAUUCGGAUCUAGAGAUGCAGUUCUCUGUCCAAUCCAGUGACAUACCUGAAGACCUUAAAAAUAAACUCCAUCUGCCCAGCUGUGCUGGUCCACAACUUCUAAUGGGAGAACAACAAAUGGAAAACAGAAGCUGUGUGCACUCUGAGCUCAAGGAACAUCAACUCAGCUGCUGGACUGAUGAAGCAGAUGUGGUGGUGCUCAUUGUCAUCGCUGUCAUGAUUCUGCUGGGCUUGGUGUUUCAUUUCUUGAGCCUCAGUGCAGUAUUGUUCACAGUGUUGUUGCUGGAAGUCACCCCUGAGAGGCCGCCCCAGUCUUGGGAUAGAGGGAGACAAGGUCUUGCCCUGCCAAUGGCCCCAGCGGAUGCAGUCCUGAGAAGAAAAUGCAGACGAAAUAAGCAGAAGUGGAAAAGGAAGUGAGGAAACCUACUGAGAAAGGGACGCUCUCCUGGGAGUUGUACUGUGUGUUGGGUGUGUAUAGAGGAGACUGGCAAUGUUUUAGAUUUACAUUACAUUUAUUCAUU